AUGUCCCUCUCACACUCCGGUUCGCGGCAAGCGUCUGCCACGGAAGAUGCAGCAAAGAGAGCACCAUCCUCCAAAUCUCGCUCGUCAUCCAGCGACGAUCCGGAGCGCCAACCUGUCCUGUCCAUACAUGAGCACGACGAGGAGAAGGGCGACGAGGACCAAGAGGCUGCCUCGCCCGGUGUCUCCCUCGACGAAGAAGGCAAUACCUAUCCAGAAGGAGGUCUCAAAGCUUGGCUCGUGGUCGCAGGCGGCUUCAGCGGCAUGUUCGCAUGCUUCGGCACGAUGAACACCGCCGGUACCUACCAAGCCUAUCUCGCCACCCAUCAGCUCUCCUCGUACUCAGACUCGACCAUCGGAUGGAUCUUCUCCCUGUACACCUUCUUGGCUUUCGGUGCUGGCGUACAGGUCGGACCGCUCUUCGACAAGUACGGCCCAAUCUGGCUGACCGUCACGGGUGCCAUCUGCACUUUGCUCAGCAUCUUCCUGCUCGGCGUCUGCACCGCAUACUGGCACUUCAUCAUCGUCUUUGGCAUACUUGGCGGCCUCGGCAAUGCCUUCAUCUUCACCACCUCGGUCGCCGCUGUCGGCCACUUCUUCUUCAAGGGCCGAGGAAACGCGAUUGGCAUUGCCUGCUGUGGUGGAGCGCUCGGGUAAGUCAUGGCAUGCGUGCCUGGUCAGCUCCCGCGCGUUUUGCUGACCAUCUGCUAUGAGUAUAGCGGCGUCAUCUGUCCACUCAUGCUGCAGUCACUCUUCCCCAAGGUGGGCUGGGCAUGGGCAACGCGAACCCAGGGUUUCAUCUACAUCUUCUGCUUCCUACUCGCGAUUGGUCUGGUCCGCUCACGCCUCCCACCGCGUCCGGGUGGAAGCGCUCUCCCAGAUGUUAGGGUCUUCCGGCAUGUUCCAUUCACUCUGGUCACAUGCGGCGCAUUCUUCCUGGAACUCGGUCUGUUCAUCCCCAUCGGCUACAUUACCUUGUACGCCCAAGCCGCACAUGGAGCCUUCUCGCCCGCAUUCGCGUACCAGCUUCUGGCCAUCUUCAACGCGGGAUCGUUCCUGGGGCGGUGGGCUCCCGGGUACCUUGCAGACAAGCUCGGGCGGUUCAACACGCAGAUCACCGCGGUCUUUCUAUGCGCCGUGUCGGCUCCGUGUCUCUGGCUACCCGCGACUGUCCUGGUGGACAAUUCGGGCAGCGGAUCGAGCAAGGCCAUUCUUGGACUCACCAUCACAUUCGUGUCAUUGAUGGGCUUUGCUUCGGGGAGCAAUAUUUCUUUGACGCCGGUCUGCGUCGGCAUGCUCUGUCCUACAAAGGAGUAUGGCCGCUAUGUCGCGACAGGCUUCCAUCGGAUGCCUCAUUGGGCUGCCCAUAGCAGGGGCUCUCGUGUCGGUCUGUGGAGGAUCGUACUGGGGCGUCGCGCUCGUCACUGGGCUGAGCUACAUCUGUGGUCUGGCAUGCUUUUCUACUGUCCGCGUCAUGAAGGCUGGAUGGAGAGUGACGGGAUUGUACUGAUGUUAAUGGUGAUGAAGGGAAAGCUAUGA